GCUUCCGGGCGGCGGCGGGGCGUCGGCGGCGCCGCGCCCGGUGGAUGGCCGUGGCGCGGAGCAUGGGGCCCGAGCGGGUGUGUCCCGAGGAGCCGGGGCCGCCGGAGGCCCCCGACGGCGCGGCGGGCUGGAGCGGCGAUGAGGAAGAAGAGGAGGAAGAGGAGGAAGGUGGUGGCGGGUACUUGUACCAGCCGCUGAGUCAGGAGCCGGAGCAGAGCCCCGGCGAGGCCGGCCCCCCCGCCGAGGCGGGCCCCAGCCUGCAGGAGCGGCUGCAGAUGCUGAGGCUGCACCUGCCCGACCCGCCGGCGGACAGCGAGGAGGAGGAGGAGGCGGCGGCGGAGGAAGGCGCGGCGGCUCAGAGCAGCCGCAGCUCCAUCCCCAUGGACGCAGAGCAUGUGGAGCUGGUGAAAAGGACGAUGGCCAGCGUGAAGCUUCCCAGCCUGGGCAUCCCUGCCUGGGCACGCCAGAUCUCGGAGGACCAGUGGAAGGACGUGGUGCAGCGCACGCUACAGGCCCGGCAGAGCCUCGGUGGCUCCAGGCCCGAGUGGAAGUGAGGAAGCGCUGCCCCGGCCCUCCCUCCGCCGCGCAGGUGAGGCAAGCGCCUGCUGUCUCAGAGCCGGGUGCUGACGGGACUUGCCAGCAUCAACCUUUUCAGUUUCUCCUACUGACGUUGUCCGAGUUCCCUUCCUGCUCCUCUCUCCUGGUUCUGGCUGGUGCGUAAGUUGCUGUGAUGUCCUUGUGUUGGCUUCCUCUGCUUCCCAGGGGCAAUACGUGCGCUGGAGAAAUCCCUCUCCCUGCUAGGGCCCCUCUUCCCAGGACAGGGGCUGUGUGUUAGAAUAUCACAGGUGGAGUCCAAUGUGUCUUUCCAAGAGAUUGGUUUUAUUUAGUUCUGUACAUACAGGGACAUCUGUACAAAAUCCAACACUUUCAUACUAUGUAAUGCUCUACUGAAAAUAAAGUACACCAUAUGUACAUAUGAA